AUGUUAAAGGGCAUGGAAGAUAAUGGACCAAGUUUUGAGACACCAGGAAUUUUUUAUGAGAUGGUUUGGAGUAGUCGGACACCAGAGGUCACAAACAUCAGCAAACACCCAAACAAGUUUCUCCCCACCCUUUUAAAGGCCACAGAAGAUGAUGGACCAAGUCUUGAGACACCAGGAAUUUUUUAUGAGGUGGUGGGCUUGGUGCACCUGGUGGUCAGGGGUGGUUGGACACCAGAGGUCAUAAACAUCAGCAAAUACUCAAACAACUCUCUCCCCACCAUUUUAAAGGUCACAGAAGAUGAUAGGAUUAGUUUUGGAUUGCCAAUAAUUUUUUGUGAUGCUAAAAGGGCCAGCACUAGGACUGCCACACACGACCAGCAACAAAGUGAAGCUAUGUUGGCGGAACAAAAGGCAAUGGUCACCCCUGAGCCUAACACUCCCAUCGCCGCAAUUCCACUCAUGCCACCUCCUCGUCCAACUCAAUCGCCUCCGUCAUUUGCUGAAGAAAUGGAAGUUGACACGUCCAGUGACACGGUUGCGAAGGAUUUGCAGGCCAUGACACUAGAGGUGAAACUUGAUUCAUUGUCGCCCCUCACAGUGGUUCAGGAUACCAUCAAUGACCUUCAGGCUCAGGUGGCCAACAUCUGA